AAAGAUAAGGAGAAGUCGCCACGUCAUCAAUGGAAAGAACACAAAAACGAAUCUCUGUGGCUCCCUCUUCUUCUUCCUCCAGUAAAACUUCGAUGACAUUCAAAACAUUGUGAAUUUCAUAUUUUACCCUUCUCCGGAAUGGCUAAUCACUCUCGGCCUCACAUCUGUCAGUGUUUGACACGGCUAGCUUCCGUCAAACGGAACGCCGUCGUCACAGUAUACGGUCACCGGAGACGCACCGGCAAGGAGUUCGUCAACGGCGUACUGAGCCUCGCCGCCGGACUGAUUCGUCUCGGCCUCCGCAACGGCGAUGUCGUUUCUGUUACUGCUCUUAACAGUGAUUUGUUCUUGGAGUGGUUAUUGGCUGUUGCAUUGGUUGGAGGAGUAGUUGCUCCUUUGAAUUACAGAUGGAGCUUGAAAGAAGCAAAGAUGGCAAUGCUGCUAGUAGAACCUGUGCUUUUGGUUACUGAUGAGACAUGUGUCUCUUGGUGCGUUCAUGUUCAGAAUGGAGAUAUACCUUCCUUGAAAUGGCGUGUGUUGAUGGAGUCUACUUCAACAGAUUUUGCAAAUGAUGAUAAUCAGUUUUUGACAGCCGAGAUGCUUAAACAGCGUACGCUGGUGCCUUCCUUACCAACGUACGCUUGGGCUCCUGAUGAUGCUGUUGUGAUAUGCUUCACCUCUGGUACAACGGGAAGACCCAAGGGUGUCACCAUAAGCCACUUGGCUUUCAUCACACAGUCUCUAGCUAAGAUUGCUAUUGUUGGCUACGGUGAGGAUGAUGUGUAUUUGCAUACAUCACCAUUAGUUCAUAUUGGUGGUCUGUCAUCAGCUAUGGCCAUGCUAAUGGUUGGAGCUUGCCAUGUUCUGCUGCCCAAGUUUGAUGCCAAAACAGCCCUUCAAGUUAUGGAACAAAACCGUAUAACUUGCUUCAUCACCGUCCCAGCUAUGAUGGCUGAUCUUAUUCGUGUCAACAGGACAACGAAGAAUGGAGCUGAAAACCACAGCGUGAGAAAGAUACUAAAUGGAGGUGGAUCUUUAUCAACCGAACUCCUUCAAGAAGCUGUAAAAAUAUUCCCAUGUGCGAAAAUACUUUCAGCAUAUGGGAUGACAGAGGCAUGCUCUUCGCUGACCUUCAUGACUCUCCAUGAUCUAACACAAGAGUCUUUUAAGGUGACAUAUCCUUUGGUUAAUCAACCGAAGCAAGGCACAUGUGUUGGCAAGCCUGCACCUCAUAUCGAACUGAUGAUUAAACUCGACGAAAAUUCAUCGAGGGUCGGGAAAAUUCUAACUCGCGGACCACACACAAUGCUUGGAUAUUGGGGUCAUAAACUUGAUCAAGAAAGUGUUGAAUCAUCAGAAUCCAGAAGCAAUGAAGCUUGGCUUGACACAGGUGAUAUUGGAACCUUUGAUGAGUUUGGGAACUUAUGCCUUAUAGGUCGGUCCAAUGGCCGAAUCAAAACUGGAGGCGAGAAUGUUUACCCCGAAGAGGUCGAAGCUGUUCUAGUAGAGCAUCCUGGGAUUGUUUCUGCCGUGGUGAUAGGUGUCAUUGAUGCUCGUCUUGGAGAGAUGGUUGUUGCUUGUGUUCGUUUACAGGAGAAUUGGAUAUGGUCUGAUGUUGAAAACCCCAAACGAAGUUUCCACUUGUCAAGUGAGACACUCAGACAUCAUUGUAGAACACAGAACCUAACCGGGUUUAAGAUACCGAAGAGGUUUGUCCGAUGGGAGAAGCAGUUUCCGUUGACAACAACUCGGAAAGUGAAAAGAGAUGAAGUUCGAAAACAAGUUAUUGUCGUUAAGGAUAAUGAGAAUCCGAAUGUUGAUCUUCUUGAGGAUUUAGAUUCCUACUUGGAUGAUUUAAACAAGAGGGGUUAACUGUUUCAAGAAGAUUCGCUAGUGAACACAGGGAAUGUUAAAUGCAGUCAAGGCUGAGGCUGUUGGAAAGUUAGUUCAUAAAGAUAAAGCGUGUAA